UUCCCUUUCUCUCAAUGUCUUCUCUAAUUCCAAGGCUUUUAUUUCUCAAUUUCUGCUUAUUUCUACUAUUUUUCAGCUCAAGUUCACAAAACAAUGGCUCUCAAAAGACUUAUAUUGUGUAUAUGGGAAGUCAUCCAAAAGGGAAAGUUUCAACGUCAUCUCAUCAUAUAAGAUUACUAAAAGAAACCAUUGGCAGUUCUUUUCCUCCACAUUCUUUACUCCAUAGCUUCAAAAGAAGCUUCAAUGGAUUUGUGGCCAAGCUGACUGAAGCAGAAGCCAAGAAAGUUUCAGAAAUGGAAGGGGUGAUAUCAGUUUUCCCAAAUGGGAAAAAACAACUGCACACAACAAGAUCUUGGGACUUCAUGGGCUUCUCGGAACAAGUGAAGAGAGUUCCGGCGGUGGAAAGUAAUGUGAUUGUCGGAGUAUUGGAUAGCGGAAUUUGGCCGGAAUCUCCUAGUUUUGACCACACAGGAUACGGUCCGCCGCCGGCCAAGUGGAAGGGCAGCUGUGAAGUCUCCGCCAAUUUCUCUUGCAACAAUAAAAUCAUUGGAGCUCGAUCAUACCGUAGCAACGGUGAGUAUCCAGAAGGCGACAUCAAAGGUCCAAGAGAUUCAGAUGGCCACGGGACCCAUACAGCAUCGAUAGUGGCGGGAGGGUUGGUUCGACAAGCGAACAUGUUGGGACUCGGCCUCGGCACAGCAAGAGGCGGAGUCCCAUCAGCACGCAUUGCUGCAUACAAAGUAUGCUGGUCCGACGGCUGCUCCGAUGCCGACAUCCUUGCUGCAUUCGAUGAUGCCAUCGCUGACGGUGUCGACAUCAUCUCUGGCUCUCUUGGAGGAUCAGGAUUUAGAGAUUACUUCAAUGACUCUAUAGCCAUUGGAUCUUUCCAUGCGAUGAAGAAGGGAAUCUUGACGUCAUUGGCUGUUGGAAAUAACGGCCCAGAUUUCACAACCAUCGUGAACUUCUCGCCGUGGUCGUUGUCGGUGGCGGCUAGCACCACUGAUCGGAAAUUCGAAACUAAAGUUGAGCUCGGAGAUGGAAGAGAAUUCAAUGGAGUCAGCGUCAAUACAUUUGAUAUUAAGGGAAAACAAAUUCCAUUGGUUUACGCCGGAGAUAUUCCGAAAGCUCCCUUCGACAGUUCUGUAUCCAGGUUGUGUUUUGAGAACACAAUAGAUUUGAAGUUGGUAAAAGGUAAAAUUGUAGUAUGCGAUUCAUUAACUGUUCCCGGAGGAGUUGCGGCGGUAAAAGGUGCGGUGGGUAUUAUAAUGCAAGAUGAUUCUUCUCCUGAUGAUACCAACUCUUUUCCAAUUCCUGCUUCUCAUCUUGGCCCCGAAGCUGGUGCCCUCAUUCUCUCUUAUAUCAACUCAACCAAUAGCAUUCCAACAGCAACAAUAAAGAAGAGCACAGAAAGAAAACGUAAAAGAGCUCCAUCUGUUGCAUCCUUUUCUUCAAGAGGUCCAAACCCAAUAACUCCCAACAUUCUCAAGCCAGAUUUGAGUGGCCCAGGAGUUGAAAUUCUUGCAGCAUGGUCUCCAAUUUCUCCACCCUCGGGAGCCGAAGAGGAUAGCAAAAGGGUUCUUUACAAUAUCAUCUCAGGAACUUCAAUGGCUUGUCCGCAUGUCACUGCUGCAGCUGCUUAUGUUAAAUCAUUUCAUCCUACCUGGUCUCCUUCCGCCCUUAAAUCUGCCCUCAUCACUACGGCAUUUUCGAUGAGUUCUAAACAUAAUCUGGACAAAGAGUUUGGGUAUGGUGCUGGUCACAUAAAUCCACUAGGCGCAGUGCAUCCCGGAUUAAUCUACGAUGCUUCUGAAAUUGACUACGUACAUUUUUUGUGUGGUCAAGGUUAUACCACCGAGUUGCUCCAACAAGUAUCGGAAGACAACAAUACUUGUUCUUCAAACAAUUCCGACACAGUGUUCGACCUAAACUAUCCUUCAUUCGCUCUCUCCACGAAUAUCUCAAAACCGAUCAAUCAAGUCUAUAGAAGAACUGUCACCAAUGUUGGAUCAAAAUCUGCAACAUAUAAAGCUACUAUAAUUAAUCCAUGGAAGAAUCUUGAGAUCAAAGUAAAUCCUUCUGUUCUUUCGUUCAAGAAUUUGGGAGAGGAACAAAGUUUUGAAGUUACAAUCAAAGGAAAAAUUAGGAAAAAUAUUGAAUCAGCUUCUUUGGUUUGGGAUGAUGGAAAACACAAAGUGAGAAGUCCUAUAACAGUGUUCGAUGCUAAUAUUCACUCCUCCUAAUUAAAUUUUUAAUUUAUUAUUGGAUAGAUUAUAAAAUUUUACUACAAAUGGAAAUAAUUUUUCCAUUUCUAAAUUAUAAAUAUAUGUUGUGUAUUUUCUUAAAUUGUUGGAUCAAAUCAAAAAAAGACAUUCUUCUUCUUUCUUUC